GCCCCGUCCCGGCAGCGAGGGCAGAGCUCAGGUGCGCGGCGGGGCGGCCCGGACAGACCGGCAGCUGCCGCCGGCACCGCAGCCCCCUCCUUUCCCCCCCCGCCCCGGUCCCUCCCGCCGUACCGCUCCCGCGUACCGGUCCCGCCCCUGGGGCCCUGUGCCUGCGUCCAUUGGCGGAGGCAGCGGCGGGGCGGAGCCCGCGGUGUAUAUGAAGGGGCGCGGCAGGCGAGGAGCGCGGCUGCUCUGUGCCCCGUGGGCUUCGCUCAGCUUUCUCUCACCGGCCGCCGCCGCUCCUGCCUGCACCCCCCGGUCGCUUCACCCCCCCCACCCCACCGGGCCAGCGCCGACGGCCGCCCCGCAGCGCGGGCGGGCGCACCUAGACCUUCCCGGUGCCGCGGGGCGCGGAGCACGGCCGGGGCCUUCCCGCGCCGCCCGCCGAGGGCUAGACUUCUCUCCGCCGCUGCUCGCCCGCCCGUCCGUUCGCCAUGGCCCGCGGGAAGGCCAAGGAUGGCGAUGGCAACUGGAAGAAAUUCAUCUGGAACUCGGAGAAGAAGGAGCUGCUGGGUCGCACUGGGGGCAGCUGGUUUAAGAUUCUCCUCUUCUAUGUCAUCUUCUACGGUUGCCUGGCAGGUAUAUUCAUUGGGACCAUCCAAGUGAUGUUGCUCACUGUCAGUGAAUUUGAGCCCAAAUACCAGGAUCGAGUGGCACCUCCAGGACUGACUCAAAUCCCCCAGGUACAAAAGACAGAAAUUUCCUUUACUGCCUCUGAUCCCAAAAGUUAUGAGGCCUAUGUGAAGAACCUCGAGAAGUUCUUAAAGGACUACAACGCUGAUCAACAAACUGAAAACAUAGUAUUUCAGGACUGUGGGGACACACCUGCUGAUUACAAAGACAGAGGACCAUAUAGUGAUGCCCAGGGCCAGAAGAAGGUCUGCAAAUUCAGACGUGAAUGGCUGGAAAACUGUUCUGGAAUAAAUGAUCCCACCUUUGGAUACAGGGAUGGCAAACCAUGCAUCCUUGUCAAGCUCAACAGAAUUAUCGGCUUCAAACCAAAGCCUCCGGUAAAUGAGAGCCUCCCUCCAGAGGUCAUGGCGAAAUACAACUCGUAUCUCAUCCCUGUCCACUGCACUGCCAAGAGAGAGGAAGAUGCAGACAAAAUAGGCACAGUGGAGUACUACGGGAUGGGUGGCUACCCUGGCUUUGCCCUGCAGUACUACCCCUACUAUGGCAAGCUCCUGCAGCCGCGGUACCUGCAGCCGCUGGUGGCAGUGCAGUUCACCAACCUGACCUACGACAUGGAGGUGCGCGUGGAAUGCAGGGCCUAUGGGCAGAACAUCCAGUACAGCGACAAAGACCGCUUCCAGGGACGCUUUGAUAUUAAAUUUGACAUAAAAAGCAGCUGAUUGUAAGCACAACUCUCUCCCCCCCUGCCCCCUCCUCUUCCUCCUAGCCAUUUAAAAAGGUUAAAAAAAAAAAAAAGAACAAAAAAGAACACCUACUAGUCUUGAACAAACUGUCAUACGUAUGGGACCUACACGUAAUCUAUAUGCUUUACACUAGCUUUCUGCAUUUACUAGGUUAGAAUGUAAACAAAGUGUAGCAAUAGCGACAAAUAUUUAUUCUACUGUAAAUGACAAAAGAAAACAAAAUUGAGCCUUGGGACAUGCCCAUUUUUACUGUAAAUUAUGAUUCCAUAACUGACUUGUAGUAAGCAGUGUUUCCGGCCCCUAAGUAUUGCUGCCUUGUGUAUUUUAUUUAGUGUACAGUACUAUAGGUGCAUACUCUGGUCAUUUUUCAAGCCAUGUAUUGUAUCUGUUUUCUACUUCUUGUGAGCAAAGACUUUUGCUGUCCAAGGUGUAAAUACUCAAUGGGACUAGAACUGGCAUGAUACUUCUCAUUAUUUUGUUCCUUUACAAAGAAAGGCCCACCUGUGAGACUAUAUUUAACAGCACUCCAUACGGCUUCUGACUUUUCUGUGGUGUUAGGGUAUUUUAUUUGGAGGGGUGGCACGGGAAACUAACUUAAGUGAAGUUAAAGAGAAUAGAUGAUUGUGUACUGUGCUUUGUAGCGAAUGCUGUCUCUCUCUCCACCUUUUCCCUCAUCCUCCAGUAUGUUGUGUGAGAGACUGGGUCAGACUAUCACUCUCCUCAGUGAUAGGAAUAAAACUCUUUGCUUUGUAUAUUUUCUUUUCUUUUUCUUCUUUUUUUUUCUUUUUUUUUUUUCCUGCUGGAGGCAUCGCACACUGUGGUGCUAAUGUCUUUAUUGAAUGUUUUAACCAUUUUCAUGGUGGAAGAAUUUUAUAUUUAUGCAGUUGUACAAUUUUAUUUUUUCUGCAAGAAAGUGUAAUGUAUGAAAUAAACCAAAGUCACAUGUUUGAAAAUAAAUCUUUAUUUUAAACUUUAUAAAAGCAAUGCAGUACCCCAUAGAAUGGUGUUAAAUGUUGUCUAAAGUGCAAAACUCUAUGUUCUAACAUGUAAUAAUAGCCAGGAGUACAGUGCUCUUGUUGAUCUUGUAUUUCAGUCAGGUUGAAACAUUGGACAAAUAAAUGAAUGAACACAC